AUGCUCGUUAUUGAGUUGUCCAAGCCUGCGAAAGAGAGGAAGGCGCUGAGUCUACCCCCCUCGGGCCCGUUUCCCCGGGUCGCGAUUCUCAUCUGCUGCUGCAGCGAGAAGAUAGAUGUGAUCCAGGACACGGUUAAAGGGGCUAUGAAUCAGAAUUACCCUGGCGAGAGGUACUCGGUGUGGGUGCUGGACGAUGGGGGGGAUGACGAGCUUAAAGCCUGGCAGCAGCAGGGCCGGCGGCUGUUCUACCUCCGUCGCCCGAAGAAGAAAGGCGUGCCUCACCACUUCAAAGCAGGGAACAUCAACUAUGGGCUGCACUUCGCCUGCGGGGAGUUUGUUGCUGUUUUGGAUGCAGACAUGAUUCCCUCGCCCUUCUUUCUGUCGGCGCUGCUGCCGCAUAUUGUUGGGGAGGAGAAGGGGGAUGUGGCAUUCGUCCAGUGCCCGCAGUCGUUUUACAACAUCGUAAAAGGGGACCCUCUCAAUGACUCUUCGCAAGAUUUCUACGACGUGCUUCUGCCCUACAGAGAUGGUCGGGACAGUGCGCAGUGCGUGGGAACAGGAGUCAUUUUCCGCGCCGCCCACCUGCAAGCGAUUGGGGGGUUCACAGUGGGGUCGAUCACAGAAGAUUUCGACACUGCAAUGACUCUGCAUGCCAGGGGAUACAAGACGGCCUAUGUGAACCAGUACUACCUCAGCAUGCCCGUCAUCAUGAUCCGAUAUGCCUUUAUGCCUCCCUUUCAGGAUAGAUCUGAGAAUUCUUCCUCCCCUUCCCCCCCCUCCUUUCUUCCCCCAGGCGUGCAGUACUAUCUCAACGUGAUUGUCAUCAUGAUCCUCGUCCUACCUGUCCUCAUCCUGGCCCUCGAUCUCCGCAUCAUGCCGCCCGGGCCCGUCUUCGAGACCACCCGCCUCUACAUCAUCCUCCUCGUCCCCUACGUCUUCACCUCGCGCCUGCUCUGCCUCGGCCUCUUCUCCCGCCUCCCCAACGGCAUGAUGGUGCAGCUGCGGGGGGAGCAGGUGUGGUACUGGAUGUCCUUUUUCAACUGCAUGGCGAUCCUCCGGUUUUUUUUCCCGUUCAUUUCGAAAAAGUUUGAGGCUACGGGCAGCACGAAGAAAAAGGCGCCGGGCGUGUGGGAGAGGCUGAUGACGGUGUGGUUCCAUGUGGGGUUCUGUGUGGCGGGGGUUGGUGCGGUGGCGUGGCGAUUCGCUACUGUCGACUUCCAUGACUGCGGAAUGCUUCUUAAGGUCACCUCAUGGGCCCCAUUCAUCCUCUUUUCAGUGCAAAGCAUGCUCGUGCCGAUUAUCCAUGUCAUAAUGUCCCCAACGCAUCCCAAGCCGGAGGACCGGAGGAAGUAUCUCAAUUAUGAUGAGUAUGGGGUGCCAUAUCUGAGGCCAGAGCAGCUGCUGCCGAAGCGUGAUUAUCGCGUGCUGCUUUUCAACAUCAUCCCUGCCAUUUGGGCGGUGACCAUAGGAUUCUAUUUCUAUGCGGCAAUCACCAAUUUCAGACCUGGAUUCUGCACCAAGAGCGGGUUCUUUGGGUAUCCUAGGUUCUAG